AUGGUGGAAUACGCAAGAUUACUCAUCGACGAAGCUCUCAAAGAGUCGGGAUGGAAGAGCAACUUUGCAUUCCCAGUAGCCUCCGAGGAAAACAAGUAUUUAAUCGACUUGUUGGGCGAGGUGAAGGUGAAAACUCGCGUGCUGGAAGAAGAAGCGUUACAGUUCAGAGAGAAAAAUAACAAGCUGCGCUCCCAUCUCGCGUUGGUUCAACAGGAGCGAGCGAUGACGCAAGCUUUUCUACUGGAACGGCAAAAAGAGUGUGACUCGUUGCAACACGAUUUAUGUUUGGCAGAGCGUGAGAUCGGUCGAACCCGUCAAGAUUUGCGACAACUGAAAGAGAAGCGAAAAGAAGUCAGUGAGCGCAUCGGAAGUUUUGAGAAUCAAAUAUUUACCAAAUCAAACGAAAUGAACUCUAUCAAGUCGCAGCUAAACGAGGACCAGCAUCUCAUCGAUGAGUAUUUGGACGCGUGCGAAGAUGAUGUCCGGUUGCGCGAGCGCCUGGAAACGAUGCGUCAGUUGGACGACUCUCGUUUCGCGACUUUGAACAGUCAAGCUGCAAGGCUAAGUGAAAGACGCACGGAAGUGCGACGCAAGUUGGACACUGUUGUCAUGAAAAACGAAGCACUUCGGUUACAAGUGGAAGCUACAUCUGAACGAUGCCGUGCAGAGAAUCAGACUCGGCGGGAAGUUCUGCAGGUUUGGGAGGGCUGCGUCGCCCAACUAAUCAAACGUGACGAUGAUUACAAAGUACUGGGUAAGGUAAGCAGGGUCAAUGAUUCCUUUGUUCGACAGCCCAGUGUGAAUUGCAAUUCGCGAAGCUAA